AUGUCUGAAUCGCAAGAGGCCCCCAAAACUAAGAAGCGGCUCAUCAUCAACGCCUUUGUUGAAUCGUGCAGUGGUCAUCAAUCGCCUGGCCUUUGGAGACAUCCAGAUGAUAAAUCGUGGGAUUUUAACAACAUCAGUCACUGGGUGAAAUUGGCUCAACUUCUUGAGAAGGGAAAGUUUCACGGCAUUUUCAUCGCUGAUGUCCUUGGAUCUUAUGAUGUCUACAAAGGCCCCCGCAACCCAGACCCUGCCAUCAUUUCAGGCGCCCAGUGGCCUGUCAAUGAGCCCUUGGCUACUGUGCCAGCUAUGGCUGCAGCUACCAGGAACAUCGGGUUUGGUGUAACCGUAGCUACUACUUAUGAGCAGCCCUAUCAUCUUGCCCGCAGACUCAGCACUGUGGACCAUCUGAGUGGUGGAAGACUGGGCUGGAACAUCGUUACCGGUUAUCUUGACUCUGCUGCUCGAAAUCUCGGUCAUACUGAGCAACUGAGCCACGACGAGAGAUAUGCCAUUGCCGAAGAAUACGUCGAUGUCACUUACAAGCUUUGGCAAUCAUCCUGGCGCGAUGACGCAGUCAAACUUGACCGUGAAAAGGGCAUCUACACAGACCCCUCCCUAGUCCGUCUCAUCAACCAUUCCGGAAAAUACUACACCGUCCCCGGCCCUCACAUCUGCCAACCCUCCCCACAGCGCACACCCUUGAUCCUCCAGGCCGGUACUUCCAAGGCCGGAAAGAACUUUGCCGCCAAGCACGCCGAAGCCAUCUUCGUCGCCGGCCACAGCCCUGUUACGGUGGCGAAGAACAUAGCUGAGAUUAGAAUCCUAGCAAAAGAGCAGUUCGGCCGUGAUCCCAAAGCGAUAAAGUUCCUGGCCCUGUUGUGCCCGAUCAUUGGCAAGACGCAGGAGGAGGCUGACGCGAAGUACAAGGAUCUUGUAAGCUACGGCUCUGAAGAUGGUGCGCUGGCGCUGUUUGGGGGCUGGACGGGGAUUGACCUUGCGCAAUAUGGUGACGAUGAGGAACUGCGCUAUGUUGAAUCAAACGCGAUUCGCUCCGCCGUAGAGUCUUGGUCAAAGUCGAUCCCCGGUGUGCCGAAAUGGACCAAGCACACUGUCGCAAAUCAUAUCAAGGUCGGCGGUCUAGGAGCCACGGUCGCAGGAACUCCAGAGCACAUUGCAGACGAGAUGGAGCGAUGGGUCGACGAGGCGGACGUCGAUGGGUUCAAUCUGGCAUAUGCUCUCAUGCCAGCGAGCUUUGAAGAGGUCAUCUCUGAUCUGCUGCCGGUCUUGAGGAAGAGGGGGUUGUUUUGGGAGGAUUAUGCUGUAGAUGGAGGUACGUAUAGAGAGAAUGUCUAUGGGAAGAAGGGUCUUGCUCGACCGCCUGCUGAUCACCCAGCGGCCAAGUAUCAUUGGACCAAGGGCGAUUGA